AUGGGUUCUAAUAUUGAGAUGAUUAUGAGAAGCAUUGAUGUCUCUUCGUUCUUGCUCUUUGAGGGUUCUGCCGAUUCAGAAGAUAAGACAAUAAUAAUAUUCAAGGAGGAGGAUUUAGAUGAUAAUGAUGAUGAUGAUGCAGAAUCUUGCAUUUCCCACUCGCCGGAAUUCGAUACCGGCGGUUACGAAACAGCCGUUGAAGACUGGCCGGACGAUGUGGCCGGUUCUUCACCGUUGGAUCAGAAAUGGAGUGGCGAAGAUCAGGACGAGGUGGUCAGUGGACGGAGAAGAAGAAGAGGCCUAGGUUAUUAUGAUGGAAAUGAGGACAGAAAGAAAUUUAAGGCUUGUUUGGAUUCUGGAUUUUCAGAAAUGGAGAAAAAUAGGCUCUUCUGGGAGGCCUGUUUAACCACUUAA